AUGUCAUCUCAAGAACACAAGACCCUCAGAAUCGCAAUCCCAUCCAUCCCCUUACAAGUCCAAAUGUCUUCCUCGAAUUCACCCACAACUCCACGUUCGGUCAUUUCCUUCUUCCUGGCGGAGAUGAGGUAUCGAAGACCUUCUUACCCAUCUCGCACCGCUCUCGAGCAAGACCUCCAUGCUUACAUCAGCGCGUGGCAACUGGACCCACAGCAUCUGGAUCCUCGUCGUACAGCUGCCAUGAUCACGCCCUCUGUGGCCAUGGGAGACAUGUCGUAUCACGGUCACGACUAUAGCACAAAGUUUCUCAUAUCGCUCUUCACAUUCUUCAUGAUUUACAUUGACGAUCUCUCGGGUCGAAACCCGGCUCCCUUUGCCGUCUUUCAACAAUACUAUGCGACGUCCAGAGCCCAGCUGGACCCAGUACUCGACCACUUUGCCUCUUGUCUUCGAGCAAUGUGGGCCUUUUAUGACACCUUUACCGCCAAUGCGAUUGUUUCGUCUGCACUCGAGUUUGUCAACGGAUGCUACUUGGAGAGCCUUACCGUUGACAUGAAGGUCAAUCCGAACGCAGAGAGGUACCCUUACUUUCUGCGCAGCAAGACUGGAGUCGCCCAGGCAUACGCUAUGAUGAUCUUCCCCUUGUCUGCUCGGCUAUCUCUGCUCGAGUAUAUCCAAGCUGCACCAUCAAUCAGCUUUUGGAUAGACAUCACCAACGACAUUCUGUCCUUUCACAAGGAAGAGCUGGCGCAGGAAGUGGGCAAUUAUGUCCACCUUCGGGCUGCGGUGGAACGCAAGGCACCAGCCCAGAUCCAUCGCGACCUUGUGCAAGAGGCUCUAAAGGCGUCUGCUAAUAUUGAAUCCACACUCAGCGGUAAUGCCCUCAACGCCUGGCUUACGUUCAAGACAGGCUAUAUUACGUUUCAUGUCACACAAGAUCGCUACAAACUCGGCGACAUGUCACUGGGAGUCGUCCAUCCGACUACCAGGAGUUGA